AAUGAAAACCUGGUGAAUGAUUUAUAUAGUUUAUUAGAAGAUCUUAAGAUUAAGCCAGUGAUUGAUAAGAAUUAUACUGGUAUUUUAAAUAAUAUAUCAUUGCUUCUUGAGAAAGUUGUUGAACCAUUUGAACCAUUAAAUCAAUUUAAUGCUUCUAAAGUGAUAAAAUGGGGCCCUCCUCAGUCAAAUUGGAAUCCAUGGAGAGGUAUUAAGAUCUAUAAUCCUAAAUCUUUAUCCGAUAUAAGUUGUAAGAUAAAGAAAGAAUUUGAUGACAAAAAACAAAAUUCACUUACAUUUCAAAAAAGAUUAAUAGAACGAUCUAAUUUACCAAUAUUCAAAAAGAAAGAUGCAAUUUUAGAUAUAAUUAGAGACAAUUCUGUAAUUAUUGUACAUGGAGGGACUGGUUGUGGAAAAACCACUCAGGUAUGCCAAUUCAUACUUGAAGACUUUAUUGACACAAAUAAAGGAGCAAAUUGUAACAUAAUUUGCACUCAACCAAGAAAGGUAUCAGCAAUCUCUAUUGCAAACCGAGUGAGUUUUGAAAGAGCUGAAACUAUAGGGAAAAGUGUUGGAUAUACAGUUAGAUUUGAUAGUGUUGUACCACAGUCUUUUGGAGCGAUUCUAUUCUGUACAGUUGAAAUUUUGAUACGGAAAUUAAAAACUGGUUUAUUUGGCAUAACACAUGUAAUUGUGGAUGAGAUACAUGAACGGCGUGCUGACUGUGAACUUUUGUUGAUUAUUCUGAAGGACAUGGUUAAAAAAUAUAUAGAUCUUAAAGUUAUUCUCAUGUCUGCAAAUGCUAAUUUAAAUGUAUUCAGUAAAUAUUUCAACUACUGUCCAGUUAUUGAUGUGGAAGGAAAUUGCUACCCCGUGAAAGAAAUGAAAUGUGUAGAUGGGAAUGGUAACCUCACAAAUCUUGGAUUUAUUUUAGCAGAGUUACCUGUAGAACCACAGAUUGGACGAACAAUGAUUUUGGGUAAUAUACUAAUGCUUGGUGAAUCAUUGAGUAUAAUAGCAGCUGGAUCUUCAACUAAUAUUGAUUUAUUUGUCGGUGAAUAUGGUGAAAAUACUGCUAAGCAUAAUUAUUCUGGCAACCGUUGUUCAGAUCAGUUGGCUUUUUUAAAUGCUUUCAAGCAGUGGGACUCGACAUUUAGUUAUUAUUCGAAUGAUACUGAUGCUUUUGAGGGAAACAAUUUAUCUAUUUCUGUAUUAAAAGCAACAUACAAUAUAAAAGAACAAAUUAUAAACAGGUUUCUGAAAUUUGGUUUUCCUAAAUGUUGUUUUGAAACAGAACAUUUUGAUUUUGGUAAAACUGGAAUCUCUGAUGAGCCAAAGUUGGAUAUGAUUACAGCACUCCUUGUAAUGGCAUUUUAUCCUAACAUUUAUGUUCAUAAGGAAAAGCGCAAGGUAAAUUUAAAGUCAAAGGAUUUUGCUGUUAUUUCUAAAUCUUCUGUAAAUAGUCCUUUAGUGGGAUCAGGCACUCAAUUUCAGUCACCGUUUUUUGUAUUUGAACAACAAAUAAAUGUACUAUGCAUGAACUCAACUAUGGUGAGUCCUAUCCACAUCUUAUUGUUUGGUGCUGAGAAAAUUGAUUAUGUUGACAGUUUAAUUGUGUUGGAUGAUUGGAUAUAUUUAGAAAUGGAUGUUAAAGUUGCUGCUGCAAUUGUUGCUUUGCGACCAGCAAUUGAAGAUUUAAUUAUAAGAGUAGUUGAAGAUCCAAAUCUGAUUAAAAAUCCUUCCAUAAUUGAUAUYAAGCUAAUCAAAAUGUUGAGAGAUUUAUGUAAUUUUAACGCUGGAAGGAAUAAUUUAUUCCCUAUAACAUUUGAAAYUAGUGAGGAUAAAAGCAAGAAAAAUAAGACUAAAUCAAAAUGAAACAUAUUAAAA